AUGGAAGCUUACGGAGGCGGAGGACCUAAUUUUGGAAAUGGAAAUUUUAAAGCACCAAACUACGGUGGUGGCGGUAAUUUUGGAGGACCUAAGAUGGGCAAAAAUGGAGCUCCUAAGAAGCCAGUUUGCAAAUGGUAUCUCAGUUAGGGAGGAUGCAAGAAAGGAAAUCAAUGCAAUUUUCAUCAUCCUAAGAAUCCAAAAAAGCACUAAGACGGCAGUGGAGGUGGCCAUGCUCAAUGGCAAGGCGGUCCACAUCAGAACAAACCAUAGCAAUGGCAAAAUCCUCAAGGGUAACCGCAUGGUCAAGGAGGGCAAGGGUAUUAGCAAUAACCUAUGUCUAUGCCUUAUUUAGGAGGUAUGCCAAAUAAAAAGCCUUGCAAAUUCGGAGCGAACUGCUUCAAGAAGGAUACAUGCACAUUUAGUCAUGAAAUGGGAGGAAACAUUUUUCCUGCCGCUGGUCAAUCUUAGGGACAUACUGGGCAAUCAGCCCCACAUAAAGUAUUUUAGUAAAACAGCUGCAAUGAUUAUUUAAGUGGAGCAUGUGAGAGAGUUAAAUGCAAGUACCCUCACAUACUUCCAAACAGUGGAGUUCAAAUUAAACUCGAAUAAGAAUUACCAGUUGCUGAAGGAAAAGUAGUUACCUCUGGCUAGCUGAUCAACAACAAGACUCAAGUGUUGAUAGUGACAGAGGAUGAAUAGGCAUAUCUAUUUAAUGUAAAAGAACUAACAACAGCUGGCCCAAUUAAACUAUUAGGCAAACCCACAAGUCUGAGGACAUUUGAAGCAUUUUAGAAUGCCUUUUUCCUCGGAUUGCAAACUAAUAGCAUGGUUGGAGGUCCUUAAUAUAAUUUUAACAUUCUACUAUCUGACAGUUCUAUACUAAAGGAGAGAGCACAUAAUGAUAUGAUUACUGAUAUUGAAUACUCAUUUUUCAAUAAUCAGCACAUCUUCUUCACUUGCUCUCUUGAUGGAACAAUCAAAGCAUGGACAGUUGGCGCAGAUUAAAAAUCACUAACUGAAAUAGCUUAGACUCCUUUGCCUGGAAAACCUCUGCAAAUGCAACUAGUAAGUCAAGAUUUCCUAGUAGUGGGAUUAGAUAAUGGAUGCUAUACUGGUUGGAAUUUAUUGACUAAUGGGUUAGACAAGAUAGAGGCUCAUAAAAAUGGAAGAGUAAUGACUCUCAAGAAGUUUAAUGAUUUCUUGCUCUCCGGUGAUUCAAGUGGUUUUAUCUAAAUUAGAUAGAUCUCAUUGCAGUAUAACUUGUUAACACCAGAAUUUCAAAUAUAUCAACCAAACUCAAUAAGUUGUUUCGAAGUGAUAUAGUUCAAAGGAGAGCACUUGAUCUUGGCAGGAGACACUAAUGGCAUGAUCACUGAAAUAAAAAUAGAUGCAAACAACUAAGUUACUAAAAGUUCAUUUGGAGCAUUCAAAGAUGCUAAGAACAAACAGAUGAGAGUCAUAAAUCUAUUCUAGAUUGAGGAAAACAGUCUCUAUGCACUUGGAGAAAAUGGAUAUAUUAGGAAAUGGACUUUGAUUUGA